CUCCUGCACUAGGGGUGGAGAUGAAGGAGAAGGAGACCCCCGACGCACACUUCACAGUGGACAAGCAGAACAUCUCCCUCUGGCCUCAAGAGCCUUCUCCCAAGUCAGAUCUGUCUCAAGUCCUAAGGAAGACUCUCAGCCUCCGCGUGGCCUUCAUCUGUCUGUCACUGGUGCUGGUGGCCAUGAUUGUGCUUCAAGCUGUCUUCUACCCCAGGAUGAUGGACAAAAUACUGGAAGUGAAGAGUGAUGCCCAGAUGUUGAGAGGUCGUGUGGACAACGUCAGCACCCUGCGUUCUGAUCUCGAGAAGGACAGAAGCCGUGUGGAUGAGGCUGAAGUUCAGAUGCAGAUGCUGAACACCAGCCUCACCCGGGUGCGUUCUCAGAUCCUGACUUUGAGGAACAGCAUGGAAGUAGUCAGUGCCCACAUCACUAUGUUAACAAGAAGCUGGGAGGAGGUCGGCAACCUCAAUGCCAAGAUCCCAGAGCUGCAAAGAGAUCUGGAUAAAGCCAGUGCCUUGAAUGCAAAGGUCCGAGGACUGCAGAACAGCUUGGAGAAUGUCAACAAGCUGCUCCAUCAACAGAGUGACAUUCUGGAGAUGGUGUCCCGAGGCUGGAAGUACUUCAGGGGGAACUUCUACUACUUUUCACACACCCCAAAGACCUGGUACAGCGCGGAGCAGUUCUGCAUUUCUAAAAAUGCUCAUCUGACCUCAGUGACCUCAGAAUCAGAGCAAGAGUUUCUCUACAAGACGGCAGAUGGGCUUCCAUUCUGGAUUGGUCUCACCAAGGCAGGGACUAACGGGGAUUGGUACUGGGUGGAUGAGACGCCAUUCAACAUGGAGCAAAGCAGAAGGUUCUGGAUUCCUGGCGAACCCAACAAUACAGGAAACAAUGAACACUGUGCCAAUAUCAGGGUGCCCUUCCCGCAAGCCUGGAAUGAUGCUUCCUGUGAUAGUAACCUCCUUUUCGUCUGCAAGCGGCCCCACAUCUAGACAAUUCCAUGACAGGCCUGGCCCUAAGCUCAGCAUUUGUGUUGCAACAGUGACCCAGAUUGAAGUGAUGUCGCUCUCCUUGACACUCCAAAACUGCUCUGUGCCUUAGCAUUUCUUGCUUGAAUAUUGUCCCAAACACACCCUGCGGUCCAUCUGGGUUGGCUAGAACUCUCUGCCCUGGAGAGACUUUGAGGGGGUUGGGUUUAAUGCGCAAAACCAUGCAGAGGAUAUAGAAGUCCCCACUGCCCAGGUGAAGCAGGUGCACCUGUCACCUGCAGAUCAUUUUGUCUGCGUUUACCUGACCCUUCUAAGAAGCCUUGUAUGGCCACGUGAAAGCUACAUUCGCAUGUGACCAGUGCUGGAGAAGACAGGUGUGUUUAGCUCAGUUUCAACACUUUAUAAUU